AUGAAGACACUGGUUCUGUCCUUCCUGGUGGCUGUGGCUAUGGCUGAGAGACCGUCCCUCUCCUACGACGCCACUGCAUCUCGCCCAUCCUCACCCGUACAGCAGAUCCCCAUCAUCCGCGACGAGCGAGUCCAUCCUGCUGCUGACGGAACUUAUAGCUUUGACGUUGAGACUGGGGAUGGCAUCGUCAGGCACGAGUCCGGCGGACCAGGUGGCGCUCAACAGGGAACCGUCAGCUUCACCUUCCCAGAUGGCCAAGUCUUCAAUCUCCAGUUCGUCGCUGAUGUUAACGGUUACCAACCUCAGUCGCCCUUCCUGCCCGUCGCCCCUGCAUUCCCCCACCCAAUCCCCGCCCACGCUCUCGAGCAGAUCGAACGUGGUCGACUCGAACUCGAAGCUCGAGCCCGUGAGGAGCAACGUCAGUCCUCAAGCCAGGGACAAGCCGCACCUGCUCGCAACUACGGCCAGCCUUAGUUUUCUCCCACUCCUACUUUAUGACAUUAUGCUCCCGUUAUCUUAUCGUAUUCUAAUCUCAUUUUCUCCAUCGUUUACUGUGUGAAUGCCGUAUAACGUUUUGUUAUAUAUAUUUGUAAAUAAAUAUGAAUCUAGA